GAUGAUGAGGCAGACGGCGCUCAGAUGGGUAUUUUGGAAGAAAAAGGCAGAUUCUCAUCCCCGUUUUUGUUGGGAAGUUCCGGAGCUAGUGUCGGUGAGCUGGUUUAGACAAUGAUGAACCAGCGUGGGUUUUAGGCUUUUAUAAAGGUGAAAAUAGUGCAAGGAAAAUUAAAUAUCUGGAGAAUUGAAAUAAAUUAUGGAGGCCAAUUAAUACCGCAGGGGAGUGCAACAUAGCUUCGGUAUAGGAACGAAGGCAAAUCGGUGUUGGAUUGGGAGAAGAAGAAAUACGGCAGACGUGCUUUGGAAAGCAAUAACAUGGCUGGGAGACCCUUGCAGCUCAGGCUGGAGUGUGGAAAGAUUCCUGGAAAAUGCUAAAGGACUUGCAGUGAAUGGAGGAGGACACUUUUUGCUAGAGAUUUAACUUGUCUAAAGAUAUCAAGGUGUUUUGAUGCUUUACGUGCUUUAAUAAGAGGCUGUUCCCCAGCACCGGUUCUCAGUGUGCCUGUUGAUCCCAGACACUCUAAUCUUCAGCAAUACUCAGACAGCUUUUCUUUUUCCCCACCAAGAAAUAUACAGCAAGGAAAAUAUAGGGGAGAGUUUGACAGUCAACCAGCCCAAGAGCCACAGAGCAUCUGGAGUCAUGGUUGGCUCUACCAGCAGCUCUGGAAUUGUGUUGUCCUGGAAAUAAAGCCUGGAUAACUUGAAAGCAAACUAAACGUGUUUGCAAUAAACCAAGUGGAACAGGAUCGCCAUGUUUCGAAACAGUCUCAAAAUGCUUCUUACAGGAGGGAAGUCAAACCGCAAAAACAGGUCCAGCGAUGGAGGGAACGAGGAGCCACCAGACCGAAGACAGGCAAGUGUAGACUCCCGUCAGAGCCGAGCUGGGCAAGGCACCUCCACAGAGAACGACUGUGCUUUUGAACCUGACUACGCUAUUCCGCCACUCCCAGUGACCGAAGGUAUGCAGCACAUUCGGAUAAUGGAGGGCAUGUCCCGCUCCCUUCCAUCCUCCCCCUUACUCACACAUCAGUCUAUCAGUGUUCGGCUCCAACCUGUGAAGAAGUUAACUGCCCCUCUGAGGAAAGCAAAGUUUGUUGAGAGCCCUCGAAUCCCAGAGUCUGAGCUUGGCUCCCCAACCCUCUCUGCCCAGAAGCUGGACGUUGAUGCAUUCUGCCCCGGUGAUACUGAGCAAGAGCUGGGACCCCCUCCAUCCGUAGAUGAGGCAGCAAACACACUCAUGACUCGCCUGGGCUUCCUCCUCGGAGAGAAAGUCACGGAGGUUCAGCCAGGGCCCCAGUACAGCAUGGAGGUGCAGGACGAGAACCAGAGCUCGGCGGUGACGCAGCGCAUCAGCCCCUGCUCCACGCUGACGAGCAGCACGGCCUCGCCGCCAGCCAGCAGCCCCUGCUCCACGCUGCCGCCCGUCAGCACCAGCGUCACGGCCAAGGACUGCACCUAUGGGGCUGUCACCAGCCCCACAUCCACACUGGAGAGCAGAGACAGCGGCAUCAUUGCUACGUUGACAAGUUACUCUGAGAAUGUGGAACGUACUAAAUACGGAGGGGAAAGCAGUAAGGAACUUGGAUCUGGGGGAAAUCUUAAACAGUGGCAAUCCCAGAAAUCCAGCAUGGACUCCUGCCUGUACCGCGUGGACGAGAACAUGUCAGCCUCAACCUACAGCCUCAACAAAAUCCCCGAGAGGAACCUGGAGACGGUCCUGUCCCAGUCAGUGCAGUCAAUUCCUCUUUACCUUAUGCCACGGCCAAAUUCAGUAGCAGCCACCAGCUCAGCCCACCUGGAAGAUCUGGCUUACCUGGAUGAGCAGAGACACACUCCCCUGCGCACAUCACUGCGGAUGCCGCGGCAGAGCGUGGCCAGCGCCCGGGCACAGCAGGACCUGCGAGUGCGCUUCGCACCCUACAGACCCCCUGACAUCUCCCUGAAGCCGCUGCUCUUUGAGGUGCCCAGCAUCACCACCGAGUCUGUGUUUGUGGGCCGCGACUGGGUGUUCCACGAGAUCGAUGCACAGCUGCAGAGCUCGAACGCCAGCGUCAACCGUGGGGUGGUGAUCGUCGGGAACAUCGGCUUCGGCAAAACUGCCAUCAUCUCCAGGCUGGUUGCACUCAGCUGCCAUGGCACGAGGAUGAGGCAGAUUGCUUCAGAUAGCCCCCACGCCUCUCCAAAACAUGUGGAUGCCAACCGAGAGCUGCCCUUGGCCCAGCCGCCUUCUGCCCACCCGUCCAUCACGAGCGGGAGCUGUCCUGGGACCCCCGAGAUGCGCCGGCGCCAGGAGGAGGCCAUGCGGAGAUUGGCCUCACAGGUUGUAGCUUAUCACUACUGCCAGGCUGACAACGCAUACACCUGCCUGGUGCCCGAGUUUGUGCACAACGUGGCCGCCCUGCUCUGCCGCUCGCCGCAGUUCGUCGCGUACCGGGAGCAGCUGCUGCGUGAGCCCCACCUGCAGAGUCUGCUCAGCCUCCGCUCCUGUGUGCAGGACCCCAUGGCCUCCUUCCGUAGGGGGGUCCUGGAGCCCCUGGAGAACCUGCACAAAGAGAGGAAGAUCCCUGAUGAAGAUUUCAUUAUAUUAAUUGAUGGUUUAAAUGAGGCUGAGUUUCACAAGCCAGAUUAUGGAGAUACCAUAGUAUCGUUCCUGAGCAAAAUGAUUGGAAAAUUCCCUUCCUGGCUGAAGCUGGUAGUGACAGUCAGGACAAGUCUACAGGAAAUAAUUAAGCUGUUGCCCUUCCACAGAAUAUUUUUGGAUAGACUGGAAGAGAAUGAAGCCAUUGACCAGGAUCUGCAGUCAUACAUCCUUCAUCGGAUACACAGCAGCUCGGAGAUCCAGAACAACAUCUCGCUCAACGGCAAAAUGGACAACACUACAUUUGGCAAACUCAGUUCUCACCUCAAGACCUUGAGUCAAGGGUCCUACCUAUACCUGAAACUUACUUUUGAUCUCAUAGAGAAAGGAUACCUAGUUCUAAAAAGCUCCAGCUACAAGGUGGUCCCGGUGUCCCUGUCCGAAGUGUACCUGUUGCAGUGCAAUAUGAAGUUCCCAACACAGUCUUCCUUUGAUCGGGUCAUGCCUCUCUUGAACGUAGCAGUGGCUUCUCUGCACCCAUUAACAGAUGAACAUAUUUUUCAGGCCAUUAAUGCAGGUAACAUUGAGGGCACUUUGGAGUGGGAGGACUUUCAGCAGAGGAUGGAGAACCUUUCUAUGUUUCUUAUCAAACGUAGAGACAUGACGCGAAUGUUUGUUCAUCCCUCUUUCCGAGAAUGGCUUAUUUGGAGAGAAGAAGGUGAAAAAACCAAGUUUCUUUGUGAUCCAAGGAGUGGCCACACACUGCUUGCCUUCUGGUUUUCCCGACAAGAAGGAAAACUAAAUAGACAGCAAACAAUUGAACUGGGACAUCAUAUUCUCAAAGCACAUAUUUUUAAGGGUCUGAGUAAAAAAGUUGGGGUGUCUUCCUCCAUCCUGCAAGGUCUUUGGAUCUCCUACAGUACUGAAGGUCUUUCGAUGGCUUUGGCAUCUCUGAGAAACCUCUACACACCAAACAUAAAGGUCAGUCGGUUGCUGAUUUUAGGAGGUGCAAAUGUGAAUUACCGGACGGAAGUUCUGAACAACGCCCCCAUUUUGUGUGUCCAAUCUCACCUGGGAUACGCAGAGAUGGUGGCUUUGCUCCUGGAGUUUGGGGCCAACGUUGACGCUGCUUCAGAGAGUGGCCUGACCCCGCUGGGCUACGCAGCUGCUGCUGGAUUCCUGAGCAUUGUGGUGCUGCUGUGCAAGAAACGGGCCAAGGUGGAUCAUUUGGACAAAAAUGGGCAGUGUGCCCUGGUCCACGCUGCUCUCAGGGGACACUUGGAGGUAGCGAAGUUUUUGAUCCAGUGCGACUGGAGCAUGGCCGGGCAGCAGCAGGGAGUGUUCAAGAAGAGCCACGCAAUCCAGCAGGCCCUGAUUGCCGCUGCCAGCAUGGGCUACACUGAGAUCGUUUCCUACCUGCUCGAUCUUCCAGAAAAAGAUGAAGAGGAGGUAGAGAGAGCACAGAUCAACAGCUUUGACAGUCUUUGGGGAGAGACAGCUCUGACGGCGGCGGCGGGGCGCGGGAAGCUGGAGGUGUGCAGGCUGCUCCUGGAGCAGGGAGCCGCAGUGGCGCAGCCCAACCGCCGCGGAGUUGUCCCGCUCUUCAGCGCCGUCAGACAGGGCCACUGGCAGAUCGUGGAUCUCCUGCUCACGCACGGGGCUGACGUGAACAUGGCAGACAAGCAGGGCCGCACACCGCUGAUGAUGGCCGCGUCCGAGGGACACCUGGGCACAGUGGAGUUUCUGCUUGCACAAGGUGCCUCCAUUUCUCUGAUGGACAAAGAGGGCUUGACAGCCCUGAGCUGGGCCUGCCUGAAGGGCCACCUGCCCGUGGUGCGUUCCCUGGUGGAGAACGGAGCUGCCACAGACCAUGCAGACAAGAAUGGCCGCACGCCACUGGACCUGGCAGCGUUCUACGGCGAUGCUGAGGUGGUUCAGUUCCUGGUGGACCAUGGGGCCAUGAUCGAGCACGUUGACUACAGUGGGAUGCGGCCCCUCGACAGAGCAGUGGGCUGCCGCAACACCUCAGUUGUCGUCACCCUCCUGAAGAAAGGAGCAAAGAUAGGUUGUCAGACGUUACCGAGUCGCCCACGAGGUCCAGCAACUUGGGCAAUGGCAACCUCCAAACCAGACAUCAUGAUCAUCCUGUUGAGCAAGCUGAUGGAGGAGGGAGACAUGUUUUAUAAGAAAGGUAAAGUGAAAGAGGCUGCCCAGCGCUACCAGUAUGCUCUGAAAAAAUUCCCCAGAGAAGGGUUUGGAGAAGACCUGAAAACCUUCCGUGAGCUGAAGGUGUCGCUGCUUCUCAACCUCUCCCGGUGUCGACGGAAAAUGAAUGAUUUUGGAAUGGCAGAAGAAUUUGCCACUAAAGCACUGGAGCUGAAACCGAAAUCUUACGAAGCUUACUAUGCAAGAGCAAGGGCCAAACGCAGCAGCAGGCAGUUUUCAGCAGCCCUGGAGGACCUGAAUGAGGCCAUCAAACUGUGUCCUAACAACCGUGAGAUCCAGCGGCUGCUGAUGCGUGUGGAGGAGGAGUGCAGGCAGGUGCAGCAGCAGCAGCAGCAGCAGCAGCAGCAGCAGCAGCAGCAGCAGCAGCAGCAGCAGCAGCAGCAGCAGCAGCAGCAGCAGCAGCAGCAGCAGCCACCAUCGCCACUCCCGGUGGAGCCAGAACCUGAAGCCCAGCAUGAAGAGCUGUAUACUGUGCAAGAUAUCUUUGAGGAGGAAUACCUUGAGCAGGAUGUAGAAAAUGUUUCCAUUGGCUUGCAGACAGAGUCCAGGCCAAACCAAGGGCUGCCCAUCAUCCAGAGCCCACCCCCAUCUCCAGCUCACAGGGAUUCAGCCUAUAUUUCUGGCUCACCUCUCAGCUCUCAUCAAGUCUUUGAUUUCAGGUCCAACAGCUCUGUGGGUUCACCGACCAGGCAGGGGUACCAGUCCACAUCUCCUGCUCUGUCUCCGACACACCAAAACUCACAUUACAGACCCAGUCCUCCACACACAUCCCCAGCUCACCAGGGCUCCACUUACCGCUUCAGCCCCCCUCCUGUCGGAAGCCAAGGGAAGGAGUAUCAGAGCCCGCCACCAUCUCCCCUUCGCAGAGGCCCGCAGUACCGUGCCAGUCCCCCCGCAGAGAGCAUGAGCGUUUAUCGGUCCCAGUCCGGCUCCCCAGUCCGCUACCAGCAGGAACCCAGUGGGGUCACCCAGCUCCCCAGCAGACCCAAGUCUCCGCUAUCCAAGAUGACGCAGAGAUCCUUCCAGAUGCCCCAGCUCCCCGUGGCUGUGCCGCAGCCAGGGCUGAGGCUGCAGCCAGCCAAGGCACAGAUCGUGAGGAGCAAUCAGCCCAGCUCUGCCGUCCAUUCCAGUACUGUCAUCCCAACAGGUGCGUACAGCCAGGUUGCCCACUCGAUGGCCAGCAAGUACCAGUCGUCAUCAGGGGACAUGGGGGUCAGCCAGAGCCGGCUGGUCUACCAGGGCUCCAUCGGGGGCAUUGUGGGUGACAGCAGGCCCGUGCAGCAUGUACAGGCAAGUCUCAGCGCUGGAGCCAUCUGUCAGCAUGGAGGGCUGGCCAAAGAAGACCUUCCACAGAGACCAUCCUCAGCAUACAGAGGGGGCAUGAGAUACAACCAGACACCUCAGAUUGGGCGAAGCCAGUCCGCCUCCUACUAUCCGGUGUGCCACUCAAAGCUUGACCUGGAGCGUUCUUCCCACCCCGCCAACCAGCUGGGCUCUCCAGAUGUGUCUCAUCUCAUAAGAAGGCCCAUCACAGUCAAUCCCAGCGAAAUCAAGCCUCACCCACCAACUCCAAGGCCUCUACUCCACUCUCAGAGCGUUGGCCUCCGCUUCUCCCCUUCCAGCAAUAGCAUCUCUUCCACCUCCAACCUGACUCCCAACUUUCGCCCCUCUGCUUCAAUUCAGCAAAUGGAGAUUCCCCUCAAGCCAGCCUACGACAGAUCGUGCGAUGAGCUGUCUCCAGUCUCACCCACACAAGGGGGCUACCCCAGCGAGCCAGCCCGUUCCCGGACCACACCUUUCAUGGGAAUCAUAGAUAAAACUGCUCGGACUCAGCAGUACCCCCAUCUCCAUCAACAGAACCGGACCUGGGCUGUGUCAUCAGUGGACACUGUCAUUAGUCCUACAUCUCCUGGCAAUCUGCCCCAGCCAGAAUCCUUUAGCCCGCCCUCUUCAAUCAGCAACAUUGCCUUUUAUAACAAAACCAACAAUGCACAGAAUGGCCAUUUGCUAGAGGAAGACUAUUACAGCCCCCAUGGGAUGCUGGCCAAUGGGUCCCGGGGAGACCUCCUGGAGAGAGUCACCCAAGCCUCCUCGUACCCCGAUGUCAAGGUGGCAAGGACGCUGCCUGUGGCGCAGGCCUACCAGGAUAACCUGUACAGGCAGCUCUCCAGGGACUCCAGGCAAGGGCAAACGUCCCCAAUCAAACCAAAGAGACCAUUUGUGGAGUCUAAUGUGUAAAAGACACUUGUUGGAGUGAGACCCUCAUGUUUUCAGCACACACUUCCAAGCUUGAUUUCCAUGCAUACUCUUAUAAUUAUAAUUACUAUUAUUAUUAUUAUUUUUAUUUCUCUUUGAUAGCUACAUGAUCAAGUUUCUCCAGUACUUUGUGUGGUGGUCAGACAGCCAUGCACGUGCCCCAGCCCUUUUGUUCCCCAGCUGACUGUGAAGCCAACAUCAGCCAAGCCAGUAUCGUUUGCCCAAUUCCAGCAAAGUUCCAACCAGGAUAUCUUAGUCCAUGAUGUGGGGUGGUCCAGAGAUAACCCUACACAGAAGGAGGUAACCAGAUCUUUUUCAAGAGACAAUUGCCUUGGAUUUAAAUUGGUUUCUUUUGUCUCAGUGAUUUCUUACUCAGCUCUGAUGGGAAUUCCUAGGGAAUUCCACAGGAGCCUUUCCCAAGGAUGCAUUCACAGGUCCCCAUGCCAGCCAGGUUGUUUGGCUCUUUGCCCCAAAGAGAGGAUUAUCCUCAGUGAUUUGAUUUAACACCAGUAGCUAUGCACAACACCCACAAUACCCAUCCUGAUUCUGCUGGUUUACAGCGCUUUCCUUCCUUAUUUGACUUGUCAUUGGCCAGAAGGGGUGGGGAUCAGACGGCACUUUGCUGCUUUCCAAGUAUCUACCAGGUACCCUCACACUUACUUCUUUGCUCUGGGGCAUUUUACAAGCAUUGAGGGAUUAAGGUUGGCCCUUUGUUAUUUGUUUUAAUUAGCCAAGGGAAUUGGCCAGGAACCUCUUGUGCAUGAACUGGGAUUGCACCAACUCCUUCAUACUGCUGGCAGACUACACCUCAUCCACAGCAUUUGCACAGGGCAAGUUAGUAUUGGGGACUUCAUCUGGGGGGAUUUAUCACUUGCAAGUAAGAGCAAAAAUAUGACUUAAGAAAUGGUAUUCAAAGAGGAAAAUUGCAAUUCUUAAGUGUUUUUUUACAUUUUUUUUAGGAUGAGGAUAUAGAACAUGGCAUGAUGGUCCCAAAAGAGGAAGGGUCCUUCUGCAGUCCCAGCCCUGCAGCAUCCCUUCCCUGCUCAGUCCUGCCAGGGAGCAGGGGCUGUAGCAAGGGCUAUGCUUCUCUAAGAUCCUCUGUUCCCAAAAUCCUGGAAAGGGACACCGUGUUCCAUAUCUGUACAUGGUAGAGACCAUGUGUUCCUUUUUGAGAAGCUGUAGUUAAGAGAAACCUAUUUAUAAUUUAUUUAUGUUAUCUAUUUCAGGAAAUUUCCCAGUUUGGGUUGGGUUUUUUCUAUUAUUUUCAGUUUUUUAAUCAAAUGCAAGUCUCAUCAAGACAACAUGAAAAGCAGGGGCCGGUUCCAAAAUCCUUUUUAUAGAAUUUUCAAUAAUUUUUCAGUUAUUUGCUGAAAAUUUCUUUCGAGGUGGGGGGAAUAAUUUCCUUUACUGAUUCCUUUAUUCCUGGUGGGUUUGUAAUUUGCCUUUUCUGUUCUGAGGGUGAAGGGUGGGAUGACGGGAGGGAGAGCGAUAAUGCUGUAGCUUGUUUUAAAGCAAACUAGUGCCUGUUGCCCAAUGCCAAACCUCACUCAUAUCAACUCUUGGGAGCGAUUCAGUGCUGAGCAGGGGAGCGUUACCUCCAAAGGGCUACUGCGAAUCGAUUGCAAGACUUCUUGAACCAAAUCACAAGCUCCAACCUCUGCAGGUGUGAGUGAGCACAUCCCAGCACCACAUCACUGCAGCUGCACCCAUUCACACCAGCUCAGUACAGGGUCCCGAACUCUAAGCAAACCCUGGCUUUGAUGGGGCUUUUUUUUUCCCCUGUCUGUGGCUCAGCACAUCUCAUUGCUGUUUCAUUGCCUAAUUUGCUCAGAGAAAGCUGGGACAUGCACACCUUGGGCCAGGGGAGGCUUGUGUCUUAUAGACACAUGGAAAGCAUUUGGAAGGCGGGGUUCCUCUAUGAGUUUUGGCAAUUUUGGGGCUUUCUUGGGCCAUCUGGUCUUUGUCAAGGCAAAUUUGGAUUGAGGUUGGUGUUUUCUUCCUUGAGGUGCAACCCAGUGCUGACUUUUUGCUUUAUCCCAGGGCUCUGUAAAAUGGGGGCUGGCUGGGACCCCUUUGAUGGGGCAGGUACCCCGUGAGGACACUCAGCUCUGUGCGUGGUUUCUCUCCUUGCAAAUGGGGUGUGAUGGUUUUCUUUCUUCCUCUCAUUUUUGAAAUAACAUGCUCUGUAUUGUAAGGAAUAACCGAUUUCUCCUCCGCAUCCCACACGCCCAUAGCUGGGAGACGUAUCCUGGGUCUGGAGCAGCAUCAGUCACUUUGCUUAGUGCUUCUCAUCCUCCAGUUUUCUGCCUGAGUGAGUGGCUUCCUACCUUUAGUUGCUUCUUUGAAAGGAACAAGUAACCCAGUUCAGCCCUGUCCCUGUUCUAUCUGGCCGAGUGAGACACACUGUGACCGCGGGUGGAUCCUCGCCUCUGCCACACCAACAGGGUGGUCCAGGAGCAUUGACAGGAGAACUGCUCGUGCUUUGCUUUCGCCACUCACUGCCUUCUGCUCCCAGUCCUGUCCUUCAAAACAUCCCCUACAGCACUCCUGUGUGUAACUUUUCAGUUUCUGAAGAUGUUUUACAGGAAAAAGAAAACAGCUCAUGCUUUUAACACAACCAUGAAGCUGAAGAAGGCUUGAAACACUGCGGCAUGCAGGUUUUUUCACAAUUCCACGUGUUACAUUUUCCACAGAUUCUUGCACUAAUGGUUUUCCAUCUCUUCUCUCUGUAAAUGGCUGCACUUUACUGUUUGAAUUUGUUACUAUGAUAAAUAUUGGAUAUUUAAGCGUGAGUAGUGUCUUACUUAGAAAAAUAGCAAAACAGCUCAUGUCUCUUAGUGUAUUUUUCAAAAAAAAAAAAAAAGAAGAGAAAAGAAACGAAGCAAUGAAUCACAACAUUUAUAGCACAAGAACUGACUCCUGUAUAUAAGCAUCAACAGAUUGAGUAAUUUUUGAAUACAAAAGUAUUUGCAGUGGUUUUAAAGCACUUUCCCGGCAAUUCUCUUAUGGACAGUCGAGGCAAGAUGGCUGCUGUGGUCACCAGGUGGGUGAGAAGCACAUUUCUUCCUGGAAAAGCUGUUCUUGUUCAGCCUCUUAUGUCUUCUAAGUCACGAUUUAAUCUUUGCAUGAGGAGAAAAAGAGGUCAUUCUGUGUUGUGCUAGCAUGGCCCCGUUGUGCUUGGGGGGAGCACAAGAUCAGAACUCACCCUGAGGGCCCUUCAUCCUCUCCUCUUAGAUGUAGGUCUGACAACCACAGGCCACAUUGUGGGAUCACACUCAGUUUCAGACACUGAGCUGUCCUGUAUGUCUGUGCUACAUAUUUAACUGCUUUUUGAGUAAUUAAGAUGCAGGACAGUGCUGCCAGCUGGUGUCACUCCCAGCUGCAGUGGUACCACGGGCAAGCCCCAUCUUCGAGCAAGUAGGAUUUUGGGUCCACCGAGCAAAGCAGGUUCUUGAUACUGAAACUCCGGUUUUCAUUCUUGGGGUGCAUGGGGAAGGCAAUGCCAAAAGUGAUGGCGAAGCUGACCUCUUCCUUUAGCCAACCUUCCCACCAGGUGUCUCUCAUCCUCACCUGUGGCUGCUCCGAGACCCAGGUGUGCCGCCGCAGAGCUGGAAUCUUCUCUCCCAGCAUCAGGUGUGGGUGUCUGCCCCAUCCCUCAGUGGGGGUUCAUUGGCUCUUGCUUUUCUCCCAGGUCGGGAGGAUGCUGUGGCCCAGGGGAGGGGACACUAACAUGGUGGGGGGCUCUGCAGUGUCCCCCCAGUCAGGCUGGGAGUGGCAUCAGAGGGCUUUGGACAUAGUCUUGAGUGGGCAUCAAAGUGCUUAGGAAGGAGGGUUUUACAAAGACAGAUCCUUUGAGAUCCAUCUCCAAAGGAUGCACAGCCUGAGCUGCUUUCUCUGUGUCACUGUUUGGGAGGACUGUGACAGCUCCAGCAACCUGAGAUGUGUUUCUGUCCAUCUGUCUGUCCGCUGUGGCACCAGUGCCCAGCUAUAUCAGUCCAAGCACUGAACUUUCUGGUUAUUUUUCUUUAACCUAGCUGUGAAGAAAACCAUGUGGCUGGUGUGAACAUGUGAGCACGCGUAUGCCAAACACCAGAGUCAUGCUGGGAUGAGAUCUGGAACCAGAGUGGGUAGUAAACUGGGAGCGAUUCAGUCUCCUUUACAAAUGUUGCAGUAUAUUCAGGGCUACCCAGGAGAAGUCUAGCUAAAACCGAAGUGCCAGCUCUGCCUUAUCUAGAGAACCAAGCAAGCCAGCGUGCCUGCUCAUCCUCCGCCUUCCUUGCCUGCGGGGGUCGAAGUGAGCUGCCACGAGCUCCUUGGUGGUUGUACUUUGCUGUAGUCUUGGGAAUUCAAGGUAACUCUUCUGGGUUAUCAGUGUUUACCCAAGGGCUUAGGGAAAGAGCUGCUGUACCUGCUGGGACCUCUGCAAAUCAAUGCCUUCACCCCAUGCUGGCUGCACUGUGCAGGCUGCUGGGUGGUGUGUUGGACACAAAGCACAACGGUUGAAAGUGAAUCUGCGUUCUUUUCAGCUUUGUGUGAAUAAUUGCUGGAUUUUCAUUCAAUCACUCUUUUUUCUAAUAUAAACCACUAAGGGCUCAAUUCUUUAGCAAGAUGCGUUCGUGUCCAACUCUUGACUAUACAGCUGGAUCUCACCACAACUGGUACAGACCGACCCGAGAGAUCACAGCGAGCAUGGCCAUCACAGGGAAAGGCAACAGACACCCAACCUGCCAGCUGUAUCCUUCCUCCUGCUCAUAUUCUAGCUGUUGCGGUACUGGGGAGUCAGCAGAUGGGUCCCAUCUGAUGGGAUCACAUCCGUGGUUGUGAAAAUAGAGGGCUGCUUUGCCAAAAGACUUCAUCCCUUUGCGUGAUGCUGUCCAGAGGCAGCAGUGGGGAGGCAAGUCAGGGUCGGAAUGGGUAGGUGGGAAAGCCUUGUGCACAUAGAGCUGGGUCCCCACAGGUCUGCCUCACUGGGCACUGCUCAGCCAGCCACUGAGAGCAGCACUGCGUGCUACAUAAAGUCCAUUGUGUUGCUACACCGAUAACCAGAGACUCCGUGGACUCUGCCAGUACUGCCGGGCUCAUCCCUGUCCAGCCUUUUCUUUGCCAUAGUGUUGCAUUCAGCGUUCCAUCUCCUUUCUGUCUUCACAUCCAAGAGGAUCUGAGUUGGGUACAAACAUGUCCACUACACCCGCCUUGUGCUUUGUACAACUCCCUGGUUGCCGUCCUCUGAGACACUUGCUGGGAAGAUCUUUAAGACACUCAAAUUUUCCUUUAGCUUUUCUAUAAUUCUGAUGUAAAGGACUCCUCUCUGUACAGUAUAUUAUCCAAUGCAUGUUCUAUUCUCUCUGAUAUAUUGAACACCACACAGUUGUGAUAUUGUGCAGUGGGAAGAGCAGCCCCUGCCAACAGCAGAGGCCUUUGCCUCUCAUCUCUAAGGAAAAAAGAAAACAUAUUUUUUCCUUUGCUGUAUUUGCUUGAGCAGAGUUAUCUUGUCUGUACAUGUGAGCUGUGAGAUAGAUGUGAAAAGUUCAAAAGAAUGCAUUCCCCCCCUCCAAUGUAUACAGAUUGUAAUCUGUACAAUGAAAACUGUAUGUAUGAAAAAAUGUACUUAUUUAUAAAUGGUUAACACUUGGAAA